AUGGUGUAUCAUGCAGACUAUACAAAUGCAAAACAUGAUUCAAAAAUAGAGGCACUCGAACAUAUCCUUAUUUCAUAUGAGCUGCUCAAAACAGAUAAUUGGGUUUCAAAUCUCCUGAAUUGCUCAUCAUUAUUAUGGCAUGGAUACCAUUCGCUCGGUGUUGAAGUCAAUUGGACGGGAUUUUACAUCAACCAGCAAUUUAUGGUCCCGUCAUCAUCAUCAUCAUCAUCAUCAUCAUCAUCAUCAUCAUCAUCAUCAUCAUCGUCAUCGUCAUCGUCAUCAUUUAGCUCCAUCGAUGAGCUCAUAUUAGCUCCAUUCCAAGGUAAAGUCGCGUGUCAAACAAUAUCAUUUGGUAAAGGUGUGUGUGGCACUGCAGCACUGACGCAAACUACACAAGUUGUUUCGGAUGUUGAAAAAUUUCCUGGCCACAUUGCAUGUGAUGGAGAGACCAAGAGUGAAAUUGUAGUGCCCAUUUUGCAGAAAAGGGCCGAUAGUAAGGUUGAUGGAAAACCAAAAGUUAUUGGAGUGAUUGAUUUGGACUGCUUGCAAUUGAAUGGAUUCGAUGAAGUUGACAAAGAGUAUUUGGAAAAAUUGGCGGACUUAAUUAGUGAGAGCUUCAAUUGA